AUGGCGCUCCGCGGGACCACCCGACAGCGCAAAGUUCGCAGGAGGCAAGAGAUGCUGCCGCAGCAAGUUGGUUUUGUGUGCGCGGUGCUGGCCCUGGUGUGCUGUGCGUCUGGCCUCUUUGGCAGCUUGGGGCACAAAACAGCUGCUGCUAGCAAACGAGUCCUACCAGACACGUGGAGAAAUAGAAAGUUGAUGGCAACAGUGAAUGGGACUCAGCCAACCAAGAACUGCACAGAUCCUGCAAUUCAUGAGUUCCCCUCAGACCUGUUCUCCAACAAGGAGCGACAGCACGGAGCCGUCCUGCUGCAUAUUCUUGGUGCUUUGUAUAUGUUCUACGCCUUGGCCAUCGUGUGCGAUGACUUCUUUGUUCCAUCUCUGGAGAAGAUCUGUGAGAAACUGCGUCUGAGUGAAGAUGUGGCUGGGGCCACCUUCAUGGCUGCGGGAAGCUCAACACCAGAGCUGUUCGCCUCUGUCAUUGGCGUGUUCAUCACCCACGGCGAUGUUGGGGUGGGCACCAUCGUGGGCUCUGCUGUGUUCAAUAUCCUGUGCAUAAUCGGAGUGUGUGGAUUAUUCGCUGGGCAGGUGGUCCGUCUGACGUGGUGGGCCGUGUGCCGAGACUCCGUGUACUACACCCUCUCCGUCAUCGUGCUCAUCGCGUUCAUAUAUGAUGAAGAAAUUGUGUGGUGGGAAGGCCUGGUGCUCAUUGUCUUGUAUGUGUUUUAUAUCCUGAUCAUGAAGUACAAUGUGAAGAUGCAAGCCUUUUUCACAGUCAAACAAAAGAGCAUUGCAAACGGCAACCCGGUCAACAGUGAGCUGGAGGCUGGUAAUGAUUUCUGUGACAGUAGCUAUGAUGACCCCUCCAUGCCAUUGCUGAGGCAAGUGAAGGAGAAGCCACAAUAUGGCAAAAGCCCGGUGGUGAUGGUGGACGAGCUCAUGAGUUCCAGCCCGCCCAAGUUCAGCUUCCCGGAAGCAGGCCUGCGCAUAAUGAUCACCAACAAGUUUGGGCCCAGGACCCGACUGCGGAUGGCCAGCAGGAUCAUAAUUAAUGAGCGGCAGCGACUGAUCAACUCAGCUAAUGGUGUGAGCAGCAAGCCGCUUCAGAAUGGGAGACCCGAGAACAUUGAGAACGGGAAUGUUCCUGUGGAAAACCCAGAAGACCCUCCGCAGGAUCAGGAGCAGCACCCGCCACCACAGCCACCACCCCCAGAGCCAGAGCCGGUGCCGGUUGAGGCUGCCUUCUUGUCCCCCUUCUCCAUGCCCGAGGCAAGAGGGGACAAAGCCAAGUGGCUGUUCACCUGGCCGCUCAUCUUCCUCCUGUGUGUCACCAUUCCCAACUGCAGCAAGCCCCGCUGGGAGAAGUUCUUCAUGGCCACCUUCAUCACUGCCACGCUGUGGAUUGCUGUGUUUUCCUACCUCAUGGUGUGGCUGGUGACUAUUAUUGGAUACACGCUUGGGAUCCCUGACGUCAUCAUGGGCAUUACUUUCCUGGCAGCAGGGACGAGUGUUCCAGACUGCAUGGCCAGCUUAAUUGUGGCGAGACAAGGCCUGGGGGAUAUGGCGGUCUCCAACACCAUCGGAAGCAACGUGUUCGACAUCCUGGUGGGACUUGGCAUACCGUGGGGCCUGCAGACCAUGGUUAUCAAUUAUGGGUCCACGGUGAAGAUCAACAGCCGGGGGCUGGUCUAUUCCGUGGUGCUGUUGCUGGGCUCUGUUGCUCUCACCGUCCUCGGCAUCCACCUAAACAAGUGGCGGCUGGACCGGAAGCUGGGCAUCUAUGUGCUGGUUCUCUACGCCGUCUUCUUGUGCUUCUCCAUCAUGAUAGAGUUUAACGUCUUCACCUUCGUCAACUUGCCAAUGUGCCGAGAAGAUGAUUAAAGCCGGGCUGCUUCCUCUGGGAGCUGUUCUGCACACCCUGUGA